CGAUGGGGCCAGUGCCCCCGGGUGAGGCAGUGGUACAAGGCUUUCCUCGUAGAAGGCAGAUGACCAGAGGUGAGGGGCUGGGGCAGGCCCAGUGACAAUGGCGGGGGUCCUCCGGGGAAGAGGCAGAGAGGGCUGGCAGAGGGGUCUGGUAAUGAGUGAGAACAACAGUGAGAGGCUGGAGCCAGAGAUGAAGCCAGAGGACCCUGGGAGGCUGUGAGAGGAGAGAGGACAGAGCAGUGCCUGUGGCAGGAGGGGCCGGACAGACAGACAGACGGAAGGCUCAGGACAUUGCUGCUGGGGCAGUUUUUAAACUUUCUUCUUGUUUUUAAAGUUUGAACUUUUAAAUUUUAUUUUAUUUAAAAAAAAAAAAAAGCAAAACCUCUCAGCCUCUCCCUAUCCCCACGAUGCCGUCCAACGGGUCUAUCGACACCAGCAGUGCUGCUCCAGACAGGGAGACGCCCGACACUCACAAGCAGAGGGAAGAGGAGCUGGAGGAGAACCGGAGCAAGGACGAGAAGCAGGAACCAGGGACAGCCACGAGGAAAGCGGGGCGGCCUGGCAGGAAGCGCAAACACGCCCUGGUGGAAAGUAGUGAAGCAUCCAAAGACACUGCCUCAGUCCCAAAGUGCCACCCCCCCUGCCAGGAUGCUGGCUCCACGGAGCAGGUGCUCAAUGGAGACCUGGAGACAGACGGUGCCCAGUGGAAAGGCCCGGAGGACAGCGACGGGACCCCGAAGGGCGGGCAGCAUGGCGAGGACGAGACAGACAGCCUCCCAGACAGCGAGACGGGCCAGGCCCUGGAGAACGGGCGCUGCACCCCGAAGGACAGCCCGGAUCCCCCGGCCGAUGAGGGUGAGCUGGCCCCUUCCGCCCCCCAGAAGAAGAGAGGCAAGAGGAAACUCUUGGAGACAGCUGGGAAAAGCAAAGAAGAGAAGGAAGAAGCUAACUAUGACUCCCUGAAAAUGGAGGGAUCCCGAGGCCGCCUGCGUGGCGGGCUGGGCUGGGAGUCAAGCCUGCGUCAGAGGCCCAUGCAGCGGCUCACCUUCCAGGCGGGGGACCCGUACUACAUCAGCAAGAGGAAGCGAGACGAGUGGCUGGCCAGAUGGAAAAGGGAGACUGAUAAUCCAUCGGCAUCCCAGCUUGACAAGGCUGAGAAGAAGGCCAAAGUCAUUGCCGUCAUGAACGUGGUGGAGGAGAGCCCCCGGGCAGAGCCUCAGAAGGAGGAGGAGGCCAGCCCGCCCGCCUCGCAGCAGCCCACAGACCCCGCCUCGCCCAACGUGGCCACCACGCCUGAGCCAGUGGUGGCCGACGCCAUGGACAAGAGCACGUCCAAGUCAGCUGAUGACGAGCCAGAGUACGAGGAUGGCCGAGGCUUCGGGAUCGGCGAGCUGGUGUGGGGGAAGCUGCGUGGAUUCUCCUGGUGGCCUGGCCGGAUUGUGUCCUGGUGGAUGACUGGGCGGAGCCGAGCAGCCGAGGGCACCCGCUGGGUCAUGUGGUUCGGAGAUGGCAAGUUUUCCGUGGUCUGCGUGGAGAAGCUCCUGCCACUGAGCUCCUUCUCCAAUGCCUUCCACCAGGCCACGUACAACAAGCAGCCGAUGUACCGCAAAGCCAUCUAUGAGGUCCUGCAGGUGGCCAGCAGCAGAGCGGGGAAGAUCUUCCCAGCAUGCCCCGAGAACGACGAGACAGACACUUCCAAAGCGGUGGAGAUCCAGAACAAGCAGAUGAUCGAGUGGGCCCUGGGGGGCUUCCAGCCAUCUGGUCCCAAAGGCCUGGAGCCACCAGAAGAGGAGCGGAAUCCCUACAAAGAAGUUUACACGGAGAUGUGGGUGGAGCCAGAAGCAGCCGCUUACCCCCCGCCUCCGCCAGCCAAAAAACCAAGGAAAAGCACAACGGAGAAGCCCAAGGUCAAGGAGAUCAUAGAUGAGCGCACCCGAGAGCGGCUUGUUUAUGAGGUUCGCCAGAAAUGCAGGAACAUUGAAGAUAUCUGCAUUUCUUGUGGAAGCCUCAACGUUACCCUGGAACACCCUCUAUUUAUCGGCGGAAUGUGCCAAAACUGCAAGAACUGCUUCCUGGAGUGCGCGUACCAAUAUGACGACGAUGGAUAUCAGUCGUACUGUACAAUCUGCUGCGGCGGCCGUGAGGUGCUCAUGUGUGGAAACAACAACUGCUGCAGGUGCUUCUGUGUGGAGUGCGUGGACCUGCUGGUGGGACCAGGUGCAGCCCAGGCAGCUAUCAAAGAGGACCCCUGGAACUGCUACAUGUGUGGCCACAAGGGCAUCUACGGGCUGCUGAGGCGAAGAGAUGACUGGCCCUCACGCCUCCAGAUGUUCUUCGCCAAUAACCAUGACCAAGAAUUUGACCCACCAAAGGUUUAUCCACCGGUCCCAGCGGAGAAGAGGAAGCCCAUCCGAGUGCUCUCUCUCUUCGAUGGAAUUGCCACAGGUCUGCUGGUGCUGAAGGACCUGGGCAUUCAGGUGGACCGCUACAUCGCUUCUGAGGUUUGCGAAGACUCGAUCACUGUGGGGAUGGUGAGACACCAGGGCAAGAUCAUGUACGUCGGCGACGUCCGGAAUGUCACCCAGAAACAUAUACAGGAAUGGGGCCCUUUUGACCUGGUGAUUGGAGGGAGCCCAUGUAAUGACCUCUCCAUUGUCAACCCUGCUAGGAAGGGUCUUUACGAGGGCACUGGACGGCUCUUCUUCGAGUUCUACCGCCUUCUCCACGAAGCCCGGCCCAAGGAGGGCGACGACCGGCCCUUCUUCUGGCUCUUCGAGAACGUGGUGGCCAUGGGGGUGAGCGACAAGCGGGACAUUUCACGCUUCCUAGAGUCCAACCCAGUGAUGAUUGAUGCCAAAGAGGUGUCUGCAGCGCACAGGGCCCGGUACUUCUGGGGUAACCUUCCCGGUAUGAACAGGUUGGUGAGAGCAUGGCCGUUGGCAUCUACAGUGAACGAUAAGCUGGAACUUCAGGAGUGCCUGGAGCACGGCAGGAUAGCAAAGUUCAGCAAAGUACGAACUAUCACCACUCGCUCCAACUCCAUCAAGCAGGGCAAGGACCAGCAUUUCCCUGUCUUCAUGAACGAGAAGGAGGAUAUCCUAUGGUGCACGGAGAUGGAGAGGGUCUUUGGCUUCCCGGUUCAUUACACAGAUGUCUCCAACAUGAGCCGCCUGGCCCGGCAGAGACUGCUAGGCAGAUCUUGGAGCGUGCCGGUGAUCCGCCAUCUCUUUGCUCCCCUGAAGGAAUACUUUGCCUGCGUUUAAGACACACAGGAACUAGUGAAAUAAAACCACCCAUGAGAAGAGAAGUGAAAAUGUGGAACAAGAGAAAAAUCAGCACCCAGAAGAGAGAAAGGAUUAAACCCGAUGGGAAUCCACCGCGUCUCCCCAAGCGAAAGGGUUCGGUGUCCUCUCCUGAAUUUUCAAUGUUCAGCUUUUAGCCUAUUUAAAAAAAAACAAAAACCGUU